CGCGAGUAUAUUCGAAACCACACUCGCAGCGCGUGUAGUCUCCGUACAGAAGCCGUACAGCCAACUCUGCGUGUGCUGUGCUCACUCGUCAUCAUCAUUACGGUUAUAACGGAACGAAUAUAUACAUACACACACGUGUAUAUCUAUAUACACACUCACAUAACGACGAAAGACCUCUCAGCUUCUUCCACUCCUCUCUCUCUCUCUGACGAACAACAAUGGCGGCGACGGCGAUCAUGAAACCGGAAACGCAACCGCAAGGAAACACUCAGUCCUCGACUCUCGCUUCUCUCUACGUCGGCGACCUUAGCCCCGACGUCACGGAGGCUGAUCUCAUCGCCAAAUUCUCCUUGACCGUCCCCGUCGUCUCCGCUCAUCUCUGCCGUAACUCCGUCACCGGAAAAUCGCUCUGUUACGCUUACGUCAACUUCGAUUCAACCAUCACCGCAUCGAAUGCUAUGGCGUGUUUGAACCACACUGAUUUGAAAGGGAAGACGAUGCGGAUAAUGUGGUCACAGAAAGACGUUGCGUACCGUCGUCGUAGUGGAUUGGGGAAUCUCUUCGUUAAGAAUCUUGACGCCUCCAUCACUAGCAGUUGCUUAGAGCGGAUGUUUAGUCCCUUUGGUGUUAUACUUUCUUGCAAAGUAGCUGAGGAGAAUGGCGAAAGUAAAGGUUUCGGUUUUGUUCAGUUUGUUACUGAGCAGUCCGCUGUGGCUGCUCUUCGUGCCUCUCAUGGCUCUAUUGUUGAUGGCAAGAAACUGUUUGUGGCAAAGUUCAUUAACAAGGAUGAGAGAUCAACUAUGUCUGGAAAUCAAGAGUUUACAAACGUCUAUGUGAAGAAUCUGCUCGAAACUGUUACAGAGGAUUUUCUGCAUACUAUGUUUUCUCAGUGUGGGACAGUCUCUAGCGUUGUGGUUAUGAGGGAUGGUAUGGGAAGAUCAAGAGGUUUCGGAUUUGUCAACUUCUGCCAUCCUGAAAAUGCUAAGAAAGCUGUGGAAUCUCUCAAUGGACAACCACAUGGUUCGAAGAAGUUGUUUGUUGGAAGGGCUUUGAGAAAAGAUGAAAGGAUGGAGAUGCUGAAGCAGAAACACAAAGACAACUUUAUUGCCAAGGGUAAAACUGAGUGGGCUAGUCUGUACGUGAAGAACUUGACUGAAUCAAUCGAUGAAACAAGGCUGCGAGAGAUAUUUGGACGCUAUGGGAAGGUAGUCUCUGCAAAAGUGAUGCGUGAUGAAAAUGGUAAAAGUAAAGGCUUCGGCUUUGUGAGUUUCUCUAGCCUUGACGAGUCCAAACAUGCUAAAAGAGAGCUCCACGGAUUUUUAGUUGAUGGAAUGUCACUUGUUGUGCGAGUUGCUGAACGUAAGGAGGAUCGAUUCAAGAGGAUGCAGCAGUAUUAUCGACGCCCUUACAUGCAAGCUCUUCCUGUCCCUUCACCAGCUCAGCCAGUCCUCCCAUCUACAGAGUACAAGCAAUACUAUGGAGUGCAACCGCGCCAUUACACGCAAGCUCCUCCUGUCCCUUCACCAGUUCAGCAAGUCCCACGAUCUACAGGGUACAAGCAAUACUAUGGAGUGCAACCAGCUCUUCCUGUCUCUUCACCAGCUCAGCCAGUCCCACAGUCUACGAGCAGCGCAUAUGGUUAUAUGCAGCCAUUCCAUAUUGGAGCAUAUUAUUACCCUAUGGCCACUCAGUUACCACAGAUGUUGGGUCACCAAAACAUGACUACCUACGUUCCCGCUGGUCAAGCUCAUCUAAAGGAGAAAAGAUCAGUUCAACUAGUCUACAAACGCCCGGGUUAUACCUUUGCCAAGAGUGGUGCUAAACAGAAGCUGGUCUUUAAGGGGCAGGGUGACCAAAAUUUAGAGAAAGGAACUUGCUCCAAAGCGAAGACAUCUGCUGAAAAACGUAAAGAAGUAUCAUCCCAUUUGAUGGCAAUAUUGACACCAAACAGGAAUGCUGCAACACUUGAAGUUGCUUAACCAUUUGUCCCACUCCUGAUGUGUCCUCACUACUUAGGAACUCUACUAUGUUCAUUUUAACCGUUCAAGAACUUCCAUCUUUUAAUCACUUUUGUUUUUGUACAAACGAACAAGCACAAGAAGGGUUUGUAUAUAGUUUUCUCGCGUAUGAAGUUGUUUUCUCAACGUUUGGUUUUCAUGCAGUAAGUAAUCAUCAAUUCGUUUAUAGGGCAAUAGUGGUGGUUUUGAUACAUAAAUUCAAAGGGAAAUAACAGUGUAAGUAAGACUCAAGGUUUGACAGAAACACAGCGAAUUACAGAAGUGAAGACUUGUGUUUGACGUAAGAGAUCAACCAAUGAGAGGGAAGCCCUGUCCAAUUAAAGAAGUGGCGAGAAUCUCGUUGGCAGCUUCAGAGGGAUGAACACUGUCCCAGAACACAUACUGAGUCGCAUUGGGGCAUGUCCCAUACGAUUUCGGAUUGCACAAGAGCGAAGUUGUCUCUACUGUUCCUGUUCCACAACAUCCUUUUGUUGCUUCCGUGAAUCCUGUUUAUAAAGACGAAUGUGUGUGUAUCAUGGAUUAUCUUAAAAGCAAACGUUAUAAAAUUAUGUAUCAUUUUUGUGAGUUACCAGAUUUAGCAGGGGACUGAACAAGUUCAUAAAGUGGGGUGAAGAUGUCGAAGACAACAAUCUUUAGACCAGAGUAUUGCUUCUG